AUGGCAUUUACAGAGCAUGAGGAAAAAGUUUCAGAAUUUUAUUCCCGUGUGGUGGAUAACAACCAUGACUGGAACGACGGAUUUCUUACAUUUGGAGUAUGGAAAACGAAAUCCGGUGAUCCUAUACCACACCCUUUGUGUUACGGCGCAGUGUAUGAUGAGCUUUUAGAAGGUAGCAUGAUACAGGCUGAUCACAGCGUGCUGGAUGUUGCUUGUGGGCAGGGAGCUGGCAUGUUACGAAUCAAAUCCCAGAAUGGCUGCAACAUCCAAGGUCUGGACAUCAGCGCUGCAAACGUGGAAAUAGCGAAGCGAAGACUGCGUGAUACUGGAAUUACUGUAACACGCGGUAGCGGAACGAAGAUGCCUUAUGAGGAAAAUUCUUUCGAUUCUGUUAUUUGUGUGGAAGGAGAACCACACAUGAAUAGCAGAGAAGAUUUUUUUCGAGAAGCAUUUCGAGUUCUAAAGCCAGGCGGAAAGUUAUUCAUAGCCGAUCUUGUGGUUCUUAAGGCUAUACAGGAUUUGAGUUACUUUCAUCAGAUUAUUUGGAAAACUGCAGCGAAGUUAUGGGUGGUUCCUCACAGUAAUAUGUCUUACGGAAUCGAUGAUUACAAACAGAAGUUAAAAGACAUUGGGUUUAAGUUGACAAAGUUUGAAUUCUUAGGUGACAGAGUAUUACCAGGUUAUUGUAAUUUUAAUCUAUCGUUAUCUGUUAUGCGGGAACAAGCAAAGGUAAGAGGUCCGUUUGUCGGUUAUGUGGGAGGUCCAAUGAUUGAUAUUAUCCUAAAAAUGGCUUUCUCCAACAAAAUAAUUGAGUACAUCUUUGCUGUGGCAGAGAAAUAAGUCAUCAAAUAAACGGUUGCAAUACCACAGGCACACCAUCCUCUGUUUGUGUUUUGGACUGCGAUGUACGUGAAAGGGGUUGCAAUUAUUUAUAUGUAUUUUUUAGUUAGGGGGAUUAGAGGUGACAUUUGUAUUAUCGUACUUUUGCGACCUCAAAAUUAAAACAACAAACAAAUCACAACUUCGGCAUCGAGUUUCAUAAUGCUCUUGAACGAAUAACGCUAACCGCUUGUUAGCGCAUUUAGGAAAACGUAUUAAUCAGUUAAUCAAGUAAUUGGCCGUCGUAUAAAAUGCAGUCGCGAAACUCAAAUGUAAAAUGAUGAGCCUGUGGCGAGACUCUUGUAAUCAUAAUCAUUUACAUAAUCAUAGUCAUUACCACUUGGGCUGGAAGGCUUUUUAAGGCUAACUUAAGGGAAUAACACUCGUCAUUAUUUAAGUGAAAGAAAAAGAGUUAUAGCGUUUUGUGGCACAUAAAAUUCAACCUUAUUCACCGAAUAUAGUACAAAAUCAAGAUACAAACUUUAGGGUAGAUUUUUCUUGAGUGUAUAGGCAACUAGAAUGUAAUAAAAGAUAUGUACUUUUAUCUUUUGGCAAUGAAGACUAUUAUUAUUAUUAUUAUAAUCUGAAAAGACUGUAUCUUUUGGAACUUUUGGCUCUAGUUACACUUUUUUUUUCUCGUUCAUACAGGAACGUUUUCAUGGUUUUUAAGUAAUCUUCAUGCUUUUUCCAAGUAAUAUCAUUAAUUUCUUCUAAGAAUUUAAAAACUCCUGGCCCUUUUGGUCGGUAAACGUCAGUAACGUUUUUGCAAGGAAUUUGAAAAAGGUGAUCUCUAUUGAUUGACGAUUUCGUUAUGUGUUCUUCACAAUAUACUGAACUGGUUUUUAUCAAAACACAUUUGACUGACAUUUUGCAAAUUCACAAGUGUAUUCAAACAAAAUAGUAAACUGAAAGAUAUAAUGUUCAUCAGGGUUUGUUUAAGGUAGGGCUAGUUUGUUAUGAGAAUCGUGAUAGUUACUAAUCAUGAAUUUUCCACUGGUUACUGUUAUCUUCAUACCAACGUGUAGUUGUGUGAUUAUAUACCAAAGUGUUAAUAAACCGGUGUUAUUUCAUUUUCUUGUGCUACUUUAUAAUAGAGAAUAGGGAGCUUAAGCAACUGCGACGACGACCACAACGACGACUUCCAAAACAAACAAAAGGUUUAAUGAUCAAAACAACAGCUCUGCACGUGCAUCACGCUUUUUAGUGCAUAUCUUUGACGUCCACUGUACCACCACGACGUAAAACCUCCUAAUGUGGACUUUAAGAUCUAACGACGCCACGGUAAUGAGAACGUCGCUUAAAAAGUGAAUUUGCCUUUUUUCAGUCUUAAUAGCGAUUAUUCCACCCUUUUUACUUUGUCAAAUGUAGGCGAACCCUCCUGAAGCUGAAUUUCAAGGGACCAUAUCCAAGCUCAGAAAGAGAAAUAAAAUUUCGUCGUUGCUUGUUUACGUCCUCCAUAAAACGCCACAUUAGGCAUUUUCACGUCGUAGUCGUGCAAAAACAAAAAACAAAUGUACAAAAAAGCGUGAUGCACGUGCGAAGUUGUUGUUUUGCUUAUUAAACCAAUUGUUUUUUUGACGUUCUCGUUGGCGUCCGCGUCGUUGGAUCUUAAAGUCCCUAAUUUGACGUUUUAUGGAGGACGUGGACAUACGCCGACGAAUUUUCUUCCUCUUUUUGAACCUGAAAAAAAUCCUUAAGAAUUCAACUCCAGCAAAGGUCGCCUGCAUUUAUACAUAUUGAGCGGGUCCAAAUAGACGCAAUUAAGUUUGAAACAACGCAAAUUAAUUUUUUUGACCGACGUUUUCACUGCCUUGGUCGUCCUUGCUUAAGGUCCCUAAUGUUAAUAGCUUUGACAACGAGUGUGAUUCGAUAACGGGUUACCGAUCAAAGCACUCUGCACAGUCAUCAAUUUUGUGAAGCCCCAAGUUGACGCAAGUGCUCCAAUUGUUCUGCUGUUCCGCCUUGAGCGGUUUUUCAUCGAAAAGUCGAUGUGGCGGAAGCGAGUUUGUUGAAGGUAAAGAUGGUAAAGAUAUAUUCAUUUUUUUGCAGUUUUGUUUAGUUUGAAACAGUUACUUAUCAUGUAUUUAACAUUUUUUGAGUGUAAGAUCAACAAAAUCCCAUUGUAAUAUUUUUUCGCAAACUUGAACUCGAAAUAACAGGGACUUCAGGGAAUUCAGGGACUUUUUCUUGGGACAGGCAAAAAAUUGGCCAAUAGCUAAACGGUGCGUCCCCAGUAACGAUCCCAGAAACAAUUGCUGGAGAGAUCUUAGCAUCAGUCUUCAUAUCGUUCCUUUAGGGGCAAAUCAGUGUAAAAAAUAAGGUUGACAGGCUAGCUUGCACAAACUUUUAGCUCUUUUGGUCGCAUUUUUACUGUAUGAAUGAGUUAAUGAAGUCUUUAUUGAAAAUUAGCACCAACAAGCAUAAGUCUGAGUUAACAACAAUCGCGUAAUAAUAUUUAUUAGUAUAUACUAAAACAGUGAAUAGUGUUCAGUUUCGCGCGCUCUGAUUGGCUACUCAAUCAGUGAAUAUCCUGCACUAUUCACUGAUUCACCUCUAGUUUCUCCGAGCGAGUGACGCCGAACUCGCGUAACUUGUGAGAAAAAUGCCUUCCCGGUUUGCUGCCGUAACAAACAAAGAAAUUUCACAACUAAUCAAGGAAGUUUUUCCUGAAAUACACAAAGAAGGUUUGAAUUUAUCGAUAAAACCGGUUAAAAAGUUUUUUGUUUACAAAUGCAAAUUUAGCUUAUUAAGUCUUGCGUUACUUUAUUUAGUUGACUUGUUCAUAAAUAAGCUUAAAACUAAAUUCAAUAAUCCUUUUUACAGAAUGGUUUUCAACAGAAAAAGAAUUAACAACUCAUUUUUGAAAAAUGUCCCUGCAAGAGCUAAACAAAUGCCUUCAAAAGUUCUAUUUGUCGGCAAGAAAAAGCUACGACCGCAGCCGUUCGGUCAUUGAACGCCAAAAUUGUAAUCGUUGGCAACGGUAAAUGAAUUAAAAAUCAAUUAUUAUUCAUUCAAAAUAUUUCCCCAAUUCUGAUUGGCUAAAAGCACACGUUUAAUUAACCAUAACCAGUUACUGAUGACCAAAUUUGGAAGAAUUUUGACUUUAACGAGGAAAUGACGUCAAAAAUGCAGCGUUUUCGCAGGUUAAGGCACCGUUAACCCAGAAGACCUGGGGACGAGGUUGAGUGGUUUUGGUUGUGAACUUAAAAAAAUGGCGGACAUUUCACUCGUUUCAAGAGUAAGAACUAGGCGAAAAAAUAGCUAAACACACGGCAAGAACAGCAAGAAGGCAACUCGAAGGGCGACAUCUGCUAUUUGGAGAAUAUUUUGGGGAGCUGGACAAACCCAAACGUACACUAUCGAAGAUGAACUGAACAUCGAUGGAUCGAUGGAGGUAAGCAUGUUUUGGCUAUGUUUUUAAACUUGGAAUUAUUUUGAAUGAAUAAUAAAACAGUUAAUGAAUGAGACUGGGUAUCUUAUGAAGAAUUAUGGAGAUCUCAGAGGGUGUUAUCCGCCUCGGCCUACGGCCUCGACGGAUAACACCCUCCUCGAUCUCCAUAAUUCUUCAUAAGAUACUCAGUCUCAUUCAUUAACUGUUAAUUUUUCACCUCAGUGUCGGUGGCAAGUGGUGGUAAUUUACCUCGCCGCUUCGCGGCCUCGGUAAAUUCACCACUCAACUUCGAUGAAUAAUUGUCAUUUAUUCAACUUUUAUACACUGUACGAAUUCCGAUUUUCUGAUUGGCUGAUUUGUACCACGUGAUACUGGGUUGUGACAAAACAACCACAUUGAAGUCAUUAUUGUGGAUUUAUUGUGGUGCAAAUUCAACACACCACUGUCAUUACACCGUGGCCUCGGCUGACUCAAAGUUUGACGAUUUGUCAGAUGCAGACAUUGAUUCUCUUAUUGAUCAUGCAAUUCGUAAAAACACCAAGAAAGCAACUGCUUGA